AUGAGCCCUCAUCCUUCAAUAAAACUUUCAUCAAAUCUAAUCCGUUCAACUUUACUUAAACCAAAACCAACUACAAACCAAACCAAACCUUUAAAUCGUCAAAGUUCAUCCUUCAUACCUGGUAGAAGUUCAUCAUCAAGUCUUGAAGAGAAACAUACAAUCGUACCUAAACCCACUAGUCCUAAUUGGUUCACUACUCAUCCAGCUUUAUCAGAUUCAUUAUCAGAAUUAGAUUCACUUAUCAAACGUAGUCGUGAAACAUUAUAUGAAUCAAGUGUAUUAAAACGGUUUUCGGCUCCAGCUACAUUUGCAGGAACAGGUGUUAGAUUGAAAUGGUUAAAAUGGAGAAUGGAAGAAGAAAUAAAAAAAUCUGUCACAUCAAAUGAAGAAGAAAAUAAGAUAUACAAAACCUUAUGGUCAAGUUCACCAAGCUGGCAUGAUUUUGAUGUGAUCAGUACGAUCUUACAAGGAAAUGAAGGUAGAUCAUUAAGAAUGAUUGAAUAUACCGUCACCUUAAAUAAGUUAAAUGAAAUCAAAUCAUUAAAGAAAUAUUUAUUAUUUUUAGAAUUUUCAAAUUUAUCUAACCGAACCCAUGCAUCUAAGAUCCAAUCAUUAAAUCAAGAAAUCAAUCAAGUUUUAUUAAAGUUUAUUAAACCUGAUCGGAUACGAAAGUCUAUAAAGAAUGAAGAAUUCGGUCGAGAUCGGUUAGGAAGAUUUUAUGGGAUCGGAAAGAAAAAAGAAAUACUUCAAACGAUCUUCUUGACUAGUUCUCUUGGACAUUACAACAUUCAUCUUCUCGCACACGGAGGUGGUAAGAUGGGACAAGCAGCAGCCGUUUCACACGCCUUGGCUAACGCAUUGAUGAAUGCAUUACAAGACUCGGCUAAAACCGAUUCGACUGCACAAGAAAGACAUGCUAGAAAAGUGUUGAGUAAGAGUCAGUUGACUCUUAGAGAUCCUAGAGUAGUCGAACGAAAGAAGACUGGUAAACCUGGUGCUAAAUCCUCUUACCGAUGGGUUAAGCGUUAA